AUGGUAUCAGUGUUGUUGUUAAUGAACAGCUCACGUCGGGCUGGUCUUUCCAAUCCUGGAGCGAUCUUCUGCAUCUGGCUGGUUUUCCUGGUUUGCGGUGCUCCAGAGUUUUACGCGUGGCUUACCAUAGGUAGUGACCCGAGUCUAGUUGGACAGGUCGACUUUGUGCAGUACGCUUGCUACCUCGCCUUCUAUCCACUACUUCUACUGCAGUUGGUGCUCAACUGUUUCUCCGACCCAUCUACGCUUUGCGAUAGCAAGCAUUUUGAGUACGUGGAAACGCAUCCAGAGACGGCUGCUUCAUUUCCUAAUCGACAGCUUCUUUGGUGGUUUGGACCAAUGGUGUCUAAGGCUUACAAGAAGCCUCUCGAAAUCGAUGACUUGUUCGAGUUGGACGAUGAGCUGAAAUCGGAUACGCUCAUGGCGCAGUGGGAAGUAGAGUGGAACAAGGCACUAAGAGCUUACGAGAAACGGAAACAGGCCCAAUCUGCGCCGUCGAGCGACAAAUUCUUCACAGAAAAGUCGCCUCUCUUGCUUGCAAAUGGCAAGGAUUAUGGUACACAAAAGAAUGCAAACUAUCUAGACGAUCGUGAGUCGUGA